GCACUGCUGCGGCUGCUGAGUCACGGAUCACCCUGCUGCUCCUGAGAUCGCUAGACGGUGGAGACUGCACACAUCACCCGGUACUGAGCAGUAGCAUCCCACCAGCCCAGGAUGAUUGCUGCUGCCUUCCUAGUGUUCCUCAGACCGUACAGCAUCCAGUGUGCCCUCCUCUUACUGCUGCUUAUGCUGGGCACCAUCGCCACUAUUUCUUUUCUCUUCUGCUGGCACCGCAAAAUCCAAAAAGGCAGGCACCCCAUGAAGACCGUCUUCAGCUACCGGCCGAGGAGCAGAGAUGCCAUCCUGAGAUCCCAUCACUUUCGCUCAGAGGGAUUCAGGCCAAGCCCUCGUCACCUCAGGAGGUAUGCCAGAGCUCGUGUUGAAGAGACAAAGCCUCUAGCUGAGGUCCAGCAGAGUGACCAAGAUUCAUCUUCCAACGUAAGAAAAAGAAAGAUCAAGAGAAGCAGCAGGGUCCAGCCUGAAUUUUAUCAGUCUGUGCAAGUUACACCCACUAGGAAACCGAGCUCGGGCACCGCUUCCUACCGCUGCUCCAUGUCCUCAUCGGCCGACUACUCAGAUGAUGAGGAUUUCAGCCAAAAGUCGGGCUCUGCAUCUCCUGCCCCGGGAGACACGCUGCCAUGGAACCUUCCCAGACACGAGAGGUGCAAGAGGAAGAGCUCCGGGGCGGCAGUGCUGGACCCAGCAGAGAGGGCUGUGCUCAGGAUAGCCGAUGAAAGAGACAAAGUUCAGAAGAAAACAUUUACUAAAUGGAUUAACCAGCACCUAAUGAAGGUACGGAAACAUGUGGGUGACCUAUAUGAGGAUCUGCGAGAUGGGCAUAACUUAAUCUCCCUCUUAGAAGUACUCUCUGGGGAUACCCUGCCCCGGGAAAAAGGCAGAAUGCGUUUUCAUAGACUACAGAAUGUACAAAUUGCACUUGAUUAUUUGAAAAGGCGUCAGGUAAAACUAGUUAAUAUAAGAAAUGACGACAUAACUGAUGGGAAUCCCAAAUUGACUUUGGGCUUAAUAUGGACCAUCAUUCUGCACUUUCAGAUCUCUGACAUCCAUGUUACUGGAGAGUCAGAGGAUAUGUCAGCCAAAGAAAAACUUCUUCUUUGGACAAAGCAAGCUACAGACGGCUAUAGGGGAAUCUGCUGUGAAAACUUUACCACAUGCUGGCGAGAUGGACGACUCUUUAAUGCCAUCAUUCAUAGAUACAGGCCGGACCUGAUUGACAUGGAUACUGUUGCUGUUCAAAGCAACAUUACGAAUUUAGAAAAUGCUUUUUAUGUAGCUGAAAAACUGGGUGUGACAAGACUUCUAGAUCCUGAAGAUGUAGAUGUUUCUUCCCCAGAUGAGAAGUCAGUAAUUACAUAUGUCUCCUCAAUGUACGAUGUUUUCCCCAAGACACCAGAUGGCGGAGAAGGAAUUUGUGCAAAUGAUGUUGAGGUGAAGUGGAUAGAAUACCAGAAUAUGGUGAAUUACCUCAUCCAAUGGAUUAGGCACCAUGUAGUGUUAAUGUCUGAGAGAAAUUUCCCAAAUACUGCUGUAGAACUAAAGGCACUUUAUAACCAGUACUUGCAAUUUAAAGAGAAGGACAUCCCACCAAAGGAAACAGAGAAAUCAAAGAUUAAGCACCUGUACACAUUGCUGGAAACUUGGAUUGAGUUUGGUCGAAUAAAGCUCUGCCAGGGAUACCAUCCAAACGAUAUAGAGAAAGAAUGGGGAAAACUAAUCAUCGCUAUGUUUGAAAGAGAGAAAGCAAUCAGGCCUGAAAUAGAAAGGCUAGAGAUGCUGCAACAGAUAGGAAACCGAGUGCAGAGGGAUAAUCUCGGAUGUGAAGAUAAGUUGAUUCUAGCCCGUAGUGCUCUCCAAGCUGAUGCUAAACGGAUGGAAUCGGGCAUUCAGUUUCAAAAUGAAGCUGAGAUUGCGGGCUACCUGAUUGAAUGCGAGAAUCUGUUGCGACAGCAGCUUGUUGACGUCCAGGCUCUUGUGGAUGGAAAGUAUUACCAAGCAGAUCAGCUAGUACAGAGGGUUGCUUCUUUGCGGGAUGAACUGCUUUCAUUGAGAAAUGAAUACUCCUCCAUAUACAGCAAAGCACGGAUGAUUUCAUCUGACCAGACCCAGCUUAUGAUAUCAGGAAUAUCACAAAGCCUCAACUCAGGAUUUUCCCAAAGCCUGAACCCUGCAAUGAACUCUAGCAUGUCCCACAGUAUGAUACCCAUGUCACCGACCAGCCUGACUCCGAGUCUUUCUGGCAGCAUGACUCCAGGUCUUCCAUCUAAUUUCGCUCCUAGUUUGCCAUCCAGCAUUGCUGCAGGUCACUCACAUGGCUUUAACUCACAUCUGACUCCUGCCAUGACGCCAACGUUUGCACCAAACUUUAACCCAGGUUUAAUCCAGAACUAUGCAACCGGAAUGAACCCAAAUGCAAUGCAGUCACUCAAACUCAUGCAAGUCAAGAAACCAUUAUUAAAGGCAUCUUUUGCUGACCAAAAUUUUCCCGAAGAAGAAGGGAACAUUACAUUUGUUCAGGACCUGGUCAGCUGGCUGGAAGAAAUGCAGAUACAACUGGACCGAGGAGAAUGGGGUUCAGAAUUAUCUAGCAUUGAAAUCCAUUUAGAGAAUCACAGAAAUUUCCAUGGGGCUGUUGAAGAAUUUGAAACUAGUCUUAAAGAAGCAAAAAUGAGUGAGCUUCAGAUGACCGGUCCUCUGAAAAGUUCAUAUUCAGAUACUCUACACAAAAUUGAGGGACUUUAUUCCAAACUCCUGAAUUCAUCUAGAGCCCGGCAAAAGCACCUAGACUCCCUGCAGAGCUUUGUAUCCAGAGCCACAAGGGAGCUCAUAUGGCUGAAUGAAAAGGAAGAGGAGGAAGUCGCAUAUGACUGGAGUGAUAGAAACCAAAACAUAUCUGCGAAAAAAGAUUAUCAUACCGAUUUAAUGAGAGAACUUGAUCAUAAAGAAGAAGUCAUUAAAUCGGUGCAGGACUCCGCAGAGCAGAUGCUGCUUCAGAAUCAUCCUGCAAGAUCCACAAUUGAGGCCUACAAAUCAGCUAUGCAGACACAGUGGAAUUGGAUCCUACAGCUGUGCAGCUGUGUAGAACAACAUAUAAGACAGAACACUGCCUACUUUGAGUAUUUUAAUGAUGCCAAAGAAGCCACCGAUUAUCUGAAGACUCUAAAAGAUUGCAUACUGAGGAAAUACAGCUGCGAUAAGUCAACUGCAGUGCAUAAACUGGAAGACCUGGUGCAAGAAUCAAUGGAAGAAAAAGAGCAGCUUCUACAGUACAAGAGCACCAUCGCCAGUCUUGUUGGGAGAGCAAAGUCGUUAAUCCAGCUGAGACCACGGAAUCCUGACAAUCCACUAAAAGCAUCAGUUCCUAUUAGAGCUAUAUGUGACUAUAGACAAAUUGAGAUUACUAUUUACAAAGAGGAUGAAUGCGUACUAGCAAGCAACUCACAUCGUGCAAAGUGGAAAGUGAUCAGUCCCACCGGCAAUGAAGCUAUGGUCCCAUCUGUGUGCUUUACAGUGCCACCACCAAACAAAGAGGCUGUGGACUCCGCAAACAGGAUUGAACAAAUGUACCAGAGUGUCCUAUCCCUCUGGCACGAGUCGCACAUAAACAUGAAGAGCAUAGUGUCCUGGCAUUACCUAAUGAAUGAGAUUGAGGCUAUCCGAGGCAGCAAAGUGUCCUCAAUUAAAACAUUGCUGCCUGGAGAACAUCAGCAAGUUAUGAGCAAUCUGAAAUCUCGUUUUGAUGAAUUCCUGGAAGAGAGUCAAGAGUCAAAGAUGUUCACUGUCUCUGACAUGGGCCAGCUGGAGAGAGAGGUCAAUGUCUGCAAAUCGUACUAUGAGGAUCUUCUGAAAUCUGCAGAAAGAGAGGAGCAAGAAGAAUCUGUUUACAAUUUGUAUACAUCUGAAAUUAGAAACUUCCGCGUUAGACUGGAAAACUGCGAGGAACGUCUAAUUCGCCAGAUCAGAACUCCUCUAGACAGAGAUGAUCUACAUGAGAGUGUACUGAGAAUAGCAGAACAGGAGAAGCUGAAGAAGGAUUUGGACCAUCUAAAAAUAGAUUUAUCAGCAAUUUCGGAUAAAUGUGAGGAGUUCUUUAGCCAAGCUGCAGUGUCUCCGGCAGUUGAUGCGCUAAAAUCCGAGCUCAGUGCUAUUAUCCAGGCAAUGAGCCAGAUCUACUCCAUGUCUUCAAUAUACCUUGAAAAAUUAAGAUCUAUACAUUUGGUGCUAAAGAACACACAAGGAGCUGAGUCCCUGGUGAAGACAUAUGAGACCAAGUUGUGUGAGGAAGAUGUGAUCACAGCUGACAGAAACACAAUUGAGAGACUAAUAUCCACCCUAAAGCAAUGGAGGUCGGAGGCAGAUAAAAAAAGAGACGUGUUUCAUGCAUUAGAAGAUGAACUUCAGAAAGCCAAAACCAUCAGUGAUCAAAUGUUCAAAGUGCACAAGGAGAGGGAUUUGGACUUUGAUUGGCACAAAGAGAAGGCUGACCAGAUUGCUGAGAGGUGGCAGAAUGCAUACUCACAGAUUGAAAACAGAUUGCGAGACUUGGAUGGAAUUAGUAAAUCAUUGAAAUAUUACAAAGAAUCGUACCAGUCCCUGGAUUCCGGGAUUAGGCAAAUCGAGGACACUCAGAGUAAGCUGCAGGGCAGCACGGUUGAUGGCAAGGCGCUGUCUAAACUGCUGGACCAGCAGAAGAUGCUGAUAUCAGAGAUUGAAAUGAAACAAAACAAGAUGGACGAGUGCCAGAAGUAUUCAGAACAGUACUCCUUAGCUAUUAAGGACUAUGAAUUACAGUUAAUGACGUACAGGGCACUGGUGGACUCCCAUCAAAAGUCUCCAAUGAAACGGAGAAGAUUUCAAAGCUCUUCGGAUGUCAUUAUACAAGAGUACAUGGAUCUUAGGAAUCGUUACACUGCUCUGAUGACUUUAAUUAGCCAAUAUAUAAAGUUUUCUGGAGAAACUUUAAAGAGAUUGGAAGAAGAAGAGAAGUCACUGGAAGCGGAAAAGAGAGAGCAUGUAAAGAAGGCUGGGAACAUACUGAAUUGGGUGUCUAAAGUCACUAAAACGCUAAAUAAAGGAGGAGAAGGUGAAGACAGUGCAGAAACUAUGCCCUUUUCUGAGCCACAGAUUUCCAGCAAGCAGAUUCCCGCCAAGCAGGAAGAAAUAUCAGAUGCUUUGCAAACUUUACAGUUGCUUCUAGCGAAACACAGUGACAGAAUGACCGAAGAAGAAAAAGCAGAGAUAGAAAAGCAAAUCAAAUCACUUCAAGAGAGCCAAAUUGUGUUAUCUAGGGAGUAUGAGAGGCAGCAGCAAGAAGCAAAGGACCUGGUAGAUAAACUGGUGGAGCAGAAGGAUGCUGAGGUGCAGCUGCAAGAGCACAAGGAGAAGCUGCAAGAGAUAUGUGACCUGCUCACACAGACAGAGAACCGUCUCAUUGGUCAACAAGACUUAUUGUCGGCACGUGACAGCCCAGCUGAGCUGCAGCACUGUCAGACUGAGUAUGAGGAGUUACAGAAAGAUAUGCAAGCUGGGGCCAGUGAACUGGCGGAGAUCGUUAAAAACACUGAGAAAUUCCUCCAAGAGCAUGGAGAUAAGCUUUCCCUAGAAGAGAGAGCCAUCAUUGAGCAGAAACUGAAGGAGGCUAAAGCUAAGUUUGAAGUGCUCCGUAAGAAAGCAGAAGAAUCCAAGAAGGAACUGGAAAAGGCAGUCACCACAGCUAUUAAAAAGGAAACAGAAAAGUCUGCUGCUGUAGAACAAUUGGAAGAAAGCAAAAACAAAAUAGAGAGCUUACUGAAUUGGCUUUCACACGUCGAUGAAGAAGCAGAAAAUGGAAACAGAGUGAAAAAAUCUAAAAUUCAACAAAAUGGAACUUACCACAAAGAAAGUGAAAUACAGUCUUUACUGGAUGGAGUGGAAGAGGUUAAUGGUAACUUGAUACAGGCCGACGGGAAAUCUAACAUUCUGGCCGUGCAGAAUCAGUCUGAAGAAGAUCUAAGCAGCCAGUAUCAAAAAGUAAAGGCUCAGCAUGAGAAAAUUGUGUCUCAACAUCAGGCGGUUAUAAUAGCCACACAGUCAGCACAAGCGCUGCUUGAGAAACAGGGCCGUCACCUCCAUCCCGAAGAGAAAGAAAAGCUCCAGAAAGACAUAGAAGCGCUGAAAGCUCAGUACGAGUCCACUCUGUGUGAUUCUGAACGGAAAAUGAAGGCAAUCCAAACAGUGCAAGAGGAGCUAGAAAAGUUUACAGCUGACUAUAAUGAGUUUGAGCAUUGGCUGCAGUACUCCAAGCAAGAGCUAGAACAUUUGGAAACUGGGGCUGAAGAUUUUGCAGGUAUCACGACCAAGCUGCAAAGACAAAAAAGCUUUUCAGAGGAUGUGAUUUGUCACAAAGGGGACUUGCGUUACAUCACCAUAUCUGGCCAGAGAGUACUAGAGGCUGCCAAAUCAUGCAGUAUGGAUGAUGUUGAAGACAACAAUAAUGUUAGCACCAUGGAAACCUGCAAGAUGGUGCAAGGCAAACUAGACGUGGCUUCAGAGAGCUUCAAGUCUUUACAUACAAAGUGUACCGCACUGGGGAAUACCCUGAAGGAUUUGGUAGACAAGUGUGAGCACUAUAAGGAGACAUCAUGUGGGCUGUUAGCUGGUCUCCAGAGCACAGAGUCUGCCGUAGAGAAACAGCUUUCCCAGCCUAUUGCCGCAGACACCAGGAACCUUCAGAGACAGAUAGAAGAAACUAAGCUGUUUUGUGAACAGGUGUCUGUUCACCAGGUUGGUGUGGAGAAGCUUAAGAAGGCAGCGGAAGGGCUUCUUGAUUCCAAAGGCGGCCUGCUGCUAAACAAAGAUGAAAUCCAGAAGCCUCUUGAUGAGAUAGUGGGGAGAUACACUCAUUUAUCUCAGUCUGUGAAUGACUGGAACGAGAAACUCCAGAUAACCCUGACUCGCUCACUCAGUGUUCAAGACGGAUUGGAUGAAAUGGUUGACUGGAUGCAAGGUGUUGAAAAGGAUCUGAAAGAACAUCAACAAGUGCCAUUAAAUUCUUCAUCAAUUCAGGAAAUUAUUGCAAAAAAUAAUAUGCUGGAACAGGAUAUUGCAAGUCGCCAGAGCAGCAUCAAUGCCAUGAAUGAAAAAGUAAAUAAAUUCAUUGAAACGGCAGAUUCCUCCUCUGCAUCUGCUCUACAAGGAAAGAUGAAUGAGCUGUCGGAGCGCUUUUCCAAAGCAGCUGAGAACACCAAAGCACGCAUUGAGAAGAUGGAAGACCUGAAGACGCAGGUGGAACUGUUUGAGGAUCUCUCUGAGAAAGUGCAGUCAUUCCUGGACAAAAAGUUAAAAGCAUUUACAGAGACAGAUGGUCCUGGAAAGGAUGUGACAGAGCUCUCUCAGUACAUGCAGGAAACAAGCACUGAGUUACUGGAGCACAGGAGGAGCCUGGAAGAUGUACAGAAGCUGGUUGAUGACUUGUGUGUAUAUGCUGCCCCUGGAGACAAGGCUCUGGUUCUGGAAAAAGUAAACACUAUGUUAAAGAGGUUUCAAGACCUCGAAGAGACUGUUAAGGCAAAGGAAGAAGAUGUUUCAUCCUGCCAAAGCCAAAUGGAUUCUUUCCAGGCUUUAGUUCACGCUUUAAAACACUGGUUCACCUUAGUGAAUGAUAGAAUUCCUGCAACAACACUCACACUGUGUUUGGAAGAUCUGUCUAAACAUUUCAAUGACAUGAAGAUUUUACAGGAAGAGUGGACACAAAAAGGACAAGAGGUUGAGAAAGUAAACAGUAAAGGGACAGCACUUUGUAGCUUGAUUAACGCUGUCACCUCCCCUGCUAAAUCUAGAUCAGCUGUCAAAUCAGGGAGGAGCUUAGUCAAUGGUGCUGCGUCACCUGCUGUAAAGGAGAAUUUAACCAAUAAAGAGCUGGCUGUUGUGCAGAAGGGGAUGGUGGAUGUGAAUGAAGGCUAUGACCAUUUGGGGAAUUUGCUAAAAGAAAAAGCCUGUAGGUUGGAAAUGCAGAUUUCUCAGCUGCAGCAAGUCCAGGAGGAAACUAACUCUGUGGUGCAAUGGCUGAAGAAAAUGCACACAACUGCUGCUACCUGGGAAGCUCCCACAGAUAGGAAAUCAGUACAAGCCCAAGUACAGCAACAUAAGGUGUUUGCAACAGAAGUGAAACAUAAUGAAAGUAAAGUGGAGACAUUGAGGGAAAAUAUGAAAAGUAUAAUAAUGAGUAAUGUAGGUGCACCAGAAUCUCAAAAGUGGAAAGAGACGUUGGAUAAAAUAGAAUCUUCUUGGAGAGAUAUCACCCAGAUGACAGCUAAAAGACAACAAAUACUGGAAGAGUCUUCAAAUGACCUGACCCAAUUCCAGGCUGCAGAGGCCCAGUUAAGACAAUGGCUGGUAGAGAAGGAACUUAUGGCCAGUGUCCUUGGACCACUGUCAAUAGACCCUAAUAUGCUGAAAACACAAAAGCAGCAAGUUCAGAUUCUCCUUAAAGAGUUCGAUGCUCGAAAACAACAGUACGAGCAACUUACCAGUACUGGGCAGAGGAUCCUCAGCAGACCCGGAGACCUUCCUCCCUGCGAUGAAGCUGUAAAGGAGCAGUUGGCAGCUGUGGCUUGUAAAUGGGAAAGUCUAACUGGACAAUUGAAUGACAGAUGUGACCGAGUUGACCAAGCUAUUGUGAAAAGCACUGAUUACCAAAACCUUCUGAAUGGCCUUUCUGAGAAACUAAGUGCCUUAAAUAACAAACUGAGCCAAAAUAUGUCAGUGAGCUCUAACCCUGAUGCUGUAAAACAGAAAUUGGAGACUGCAAAGCUGGUACAGGAAGAAAUAAAACUGGAGGUGGUGAAUAUUGACAGUGCCAGACUGCUGUGUGACGAGCUGUCACAUCUGGUGGAGGAGGAAUACUUGAAAGCAGAAUUGAACAGGCAAAUGGACACAAUUGUAAAGCCGUACAUAGAACUGAAAGAAAAAGCAGGUUCCCAUAUAGAGGAACUACAAUCUGCCUUUGCUUGCUGUCAGAAAUUUCAGCAGAUGUCUGAGGAUAUCCAGACUUGGAUAGAAAAUAAGAAAAAAGAACAAAAUGAGGCAUCACCUAUUUCAGCCAAGCUUGAUGUCUUGAAGUCAUUAAUCACAGAGACUAAACAAGUGCAGAGUGCUCUAACUACCCAGCACAGUUCCUAUGAAAAGAUCAUAGCAGAGGGUGAAAAACUCUUACAGAAAACAGAAGCAGAAGAGAAGGAAAAACUUCAUUCUCAGCUCUCUGCACUUAAGUGUAACUGGGACAACCUUAACAAGCAGGUAUCAGAGCGGGAACACAGUUUAGUUAAUUGUCAGCAGAAGGCUAUAAAAUAUAAAGACCUAGUAGAUAAUAUAGGGCCUUGGAUUGAAGAGUAUCAAAAUAAAGUGCAUGAAGUCAAACUGUCUAUAAAUCAAGUAGCAAUAGAGAACUCAAUUGGAGAAAUGAGAGCGCUACUGAAGAGUGUUGAUAAGCAGCGUGGAAUGGUGGAGAUGUUAAAUAAUGCAGCAGAUAGCUUAUUAAAUUCCUGUCAGGUAGAUAAAGAUAUCAUCAAAGAUGAGAAUGCCAGAGUGAACAACAAGGUGGAAUCCCUUAUAGAUCAUUUACACAAUAAAAGAGACUCCUUGGAGAACAUGGCGCUGCGGCUCAGAGAUUUCCAGGAGUCCAUUAAAGAUACUGAGAAGCAAUUGGCUGAGGCGCAGGAGCAUUUACAAAUACAUGAUUCACUUGGCGCCCAAGCAUGUAGUAACAAGCAUUUGACUAUAAUGCAGACCCAGCAGAAGGCCCUUCAGAGCCUAAAGCCACAAGUCGAACUCUCUAAAAGAUUGGCUCAAGAGCUGGUAGUAGAUGCUUCAGAUGCAGAAGGAGUUUCUGAUCUACUGCUUCAAGCAGAGUCCCUUCAGAACAAACAUAACACCAUCAGCCAACAGGUUGAAGAAAAAUGUUCAUAUUUAGAAACUAAGCUACAAGGAAUCGGACAUUUUCAAAACAGUAUUCGGGAAAUGUUUUCUCAGUUUGCAGAGUUGGAUGAUGAGUUAGACAGUAUGUCCCCAGUUGGGAGGGAUAGAGAUUUACUGCAAGCUCAGAAAGAAGACAUUAGCAAAUUCCUUAAAAAACUUGGAGAUCUUAUAACAACUAAUGACAAUGCCAACAGGACCUGUAAGAUGAUGUUGGUCACAGAAACAUCUCCAGAUCUUAUUGGUAUUAAGAGAGACCUGGAAGCCUUAAAUAAACAGUGUAAUAAACUCCUGGACCGAGCAAAAUCUCGAGAAGAACACGUUGAUGGCAUUAUCACCCGAGUAGACGAAUUUGAUAGCGCAUUAAAACCAUUUAUUAAUCUGCUUGGAAUAGUAGAGGAACAUGAAGAAUCUCAAGGUGCUGUUGGAAUGGAGACAGAUGUUAUUAAUCACCAGCUAAAUGUUUUUACGACUUUCCAGAAGGAAGAAAUUGAGCCCCUCCAAGCUCGUCUGCAAGAGGUGAACUGGUUGGGUCAGGGGCUUAUUCAAAGUGCUGCUAAAAACACCAGCACCCAGAGCCUGGAGCGUGGUCUAGAGGAGGCAAACACAAGGUGGAAUACCCUAAAUAAGAAGGUUGCUCAGCGUGCAGCUCAGCUACAAGAAGCCCUUCUCCACUGUGGCAGGUUUCAAGAUGCCAUUGAGUCUAUAUUGAGCUGGCUGACUGACACAGAGGAGCUUGUGGCCAAUCAGAAGUCACCAUCUGCUGAAUUCAAAGUGGUGAAGGCUCAGAUUCAGGAACAAAAGCUUUUACAAAGAUUACUAGAUGACCGUAAACCUACCAUAGAUGUCAUUAAGCGAGAAGGGGAAAAGAUAGCUGCUACUGCUGACCAGGCAGAUGAGGAUAAGAUCUUGAAGCAACUUCGUGCCUUGGAAUGUAGGUGGGAUGAGUUGCUGAACAAAGCUGAAAUGCGAAACCGUCAGUUGGAUGGUAUAUUGGUGGUAGCAGAACAGUUCCAUGACACGUUGGAACCUUUGUCUGAGUGGCUCAGUAACACAGAGAAGAAGCUUGCCAACUCUGAACCCAUUGGGACACAGACAGCCAAACUGCUUCAGCAGAUUACCCAACACAAAGUGUUACAAGAAGAUAUUACAACUCAUAAUUCCAUCUUGCACCAAUCUCUGAGCAUUGGUCAGUCUUUAAAAGCCCUGAGUUCCAGGGAAGAGAGGGAGAUGAUUCAGGAAAAAGUAGAUAAUCUCCAGACACGAUACACGGAGAUUGAGGAGAGGAGUAGCAGGAGAGGGGAGCUUCUACAGCAGGCACACUGCAAUGCUCAGAUAUUUGGGGAUGAUGAAGUUGAGCUGAUGAACUGGCUGACUGAAGUACAUGACAAGCUGAGCAACCUUUCUGUCCAAGAUUACAGUACAGCUGUGCUCACAAGGCAACACACUGAGCUCCUGCUCCUUCUGGAAGACAUACUGUUUAGAAAACAAAACGUUGAGCAGGCCAUACAGAAUGGAUUGGAGCUACUUAAGCAUACGACUGGCGAUGAAGUUGUCAUUAUUCAGGAAAAGUUGGAUGGAAUCAAAUCAAGGUACUCAGACAUCACAAACCUAAGUUCCAACGUGUCGAAAGUUUUAGACCAGGUCUUAAACCUUGCCACACAGCUGCAUUCAACUCACGAAGAGCUGGGCAGGUGGCUGGACAAGGUGGAAGUGGAGCUGAAGAACUACGAGACGCAGAACCAUCAAGCAGAGGAGCUGAACACUAUACAAAGAAGAAAAAAGGAACUACAAUUAGAAGCCAAGAGGAACAAGUCUUUGUUGGACUCCUUGAAUGAAGUUAGCAGUGCUUUGUUGGAACUGGUGCCUUGGAGAGCUAGAGGAGGACUUGACAGGAUGAUAACAGAGGACAAUGACCGCUACAGAUUAGUAAACGACACCCUUAUACAAAUGGUGGAAGAGAUGGACGCUGCCAGAUUGCGAUCUCAGCAGAACAAGAUGAGAAACCUGGUGAAGAGUUACAAUGAUGUCUGCCACUUGAAUGCUGAACGGAACCUCCAGCUGGAACGAGCAGUGUCUUUAGUGAACCAGUUCUGGGAGACAUAUGAGGAACUUUGGCCAUGGCUGACGGAAACAGAGCAAAUCAUCUCUGAGCUUCCACCACCAGCUUUGAAUUAUGACACACUGAGACAACAGCAAGAAGAUAUAAGGCAACUCCGUGAACUGAUUGCAGAACACAAACCUCAUAUAGAUAAAAUGAACAAAACUGGGCCCCAGCUGCUGGAACUCAGUCCUGAAGAAGGGUUCUUUAUCCAGGAGAAGUAUAUAUCAGCAGAUUCUUUGUAUGGUGACAUCAAGGAGGUUGUAAAGAAACGGGCAAUUGCCUUGGAUGAAGCUAUUUCUCAGUCAUCACAGUUCCACGACAAGAUUGACCCAACACUUGAAAACCUGCAACGAAUAGCUGAGCGUCUGAGACAGCCGCCGUCAAUCUCUGCAGAGUGCGAGAAGAUCAGAGAACAGAUUAGCGAGAAUAAAAAUGUUUCUGUGGAGCUUGAAAAGCUUCAGCCUGUCUAUGAGAUGCUGAAGAUGCGUGGAGAGGAAAUGAUCGCCCGCUCAGAAGGUGCUGAUAAGGACAUCUCAGCCAAAGCUGUUCAAGAUAAGCUUGACCAAAUGGUCUUUAUCUGGGAGGACAUCCAGGCUUUGACAGAAGAAAGGGAGGCCCAGUUGCUGGAUGUGAUGGAACUGGCAGACAAGUUCUGGUGUGAUCACAUUGCUUUAAUAGCCACCAUUAAGGAUACACAGGAUUUCAUCCGUGAACUCGAUGAACCCGGAGUUGAUCCCUCUGUUGUAAAACAACAACAAGAGGCAGCAGAGGUGAUUAAAGAAGAAAUAGAUAUCCUGCAAGAAGAGCUGGACCUAGUCGUUGCUCUUGGGUCAGACCUGACUUCUGCUUGUGGUGAACCUGACAAACCUGUUGUGAAUAAAAAUAUAGAUGAGCUAAACUCAGCAUGGGACACACUAAACAAAACCUGGAAGGAGCGAGUUAAGAAACUGGAUGAAGCCAUGCAGGCUGCCGUACAGUAUCAAGAUGGGUUGCAGGCACUCUUUGACUGGGUGGAUUUUGCCACAGGAAGGAUAGAGACAAUGUCACCAAUAGGAACAGACUUAGAAACAGUGAAGCAACAAAUGACAGAGCUUAAGCAAUUCAAGAAAGAGGCUUAUCAUCAGCAGAUAGAACUGGAGAGGCUGAACCACCAGAAGGAGUUGUUGCAGAAGAAGGUGACAGAUGAGAAUGAUAAGCUAGCUGUUGAAGACUCCUUCAAAGAACUAAAAUAUUUGUGGCAAGCUGUGGAGGAUAAAAUUAUCAACAGACAGCACAAAUUGGAAGGUGCCUUGCUAGCCUUGGGGCCGUUCCAACAUGCCCUGGAUGAGUUACUGACGUGGAUGACACAAACAGAGGGACUGCUGAAUGAUCAGAAAUCCAUUGGAGGAGAUCCGAAAACCAUUGAGAUCGAACUUGCUAAACACCAUGUACUACAAAAUGAUGUCUUGGCUCACAAGUCCAGCGUAGAAACAGUACAGAAGGCAGGGAAUGACCUGAUAGAAUCCAGCCAAGGAGAGGAAGCCAGCAGUCUGCACAGCAGGUUGGAAGCUCUGAGCCAACGUUGGCAAAAUGUCCUGGAUAAAACAGAGCAGAGGAGGAAGCAGCUGGACAGUGCACUUUUCCAGGCUCAAGGUUUCCACAGUGAAAUUGAAGAAUUGCAUCAAUGGCUGACAGACACUGAACGUCAUUUACUGGCUGCCAAACCUGUUGGAGGAUUACCAGAAACAGCAAGAGAGCAGCUGAACACUCAUCUGGAACUCUGCGCUCUGUUUGAUGCCAAAGAACAUGUUUACAAAAGCAUACUGCUUAAAAGCCAGCAAUUGAUGGAAAGAUGCAUUGAUGACCCUGAAGCAAAUAUGGACCAAGACAUUAACAACCUUAAGGAGAAGUGGGAAUCUGUUGAGACAAAACUCAGUGAGAGGAAAGUAAAAUUAGAAGAGGCUCUCAAUUUAGCAACAGUAUUUCACAAUUCUCUUCAAGACUUCAUUUACUGGUUAACUCAGGCCGAACAGACAUUAAAUAUUUCUUCUCCAGCAAGUCUGAUUUUGGAUACAGUACUAUUUCAGAUUGAUGAACAUAAGGUAUUUGUUACUGAAGUCAACUCACACAGAGAUCAGAUUAUGGAGCUGGAUAAAACUGGAACCCAUUUAAAAUACUUCAGCCAAAAGCAGGAUGUGGUAUUGAUAAAAAAUUUGCUGAUCAGUGUACAAAACCGGUGGGAAAAUGUUAUGCAGCGCUCACUAGAAAGAGGACGAGCAUUGGACGAUGCUCGGAAAAGAUCGAAACAGUUCAAUGAAGCUUUUAGCAAACUUAUGGAAUGGCUUGAAGAAUCUGAAAAAUCCUUAGACUCAGAACUUGAGAUUGCAAAUGACCCAGACAAGAUCAAGACUCAACUGACAAUGCAUAAGGAAUUCCAGAGAACCCUGGGCGCCAAGCAUUCAGUAUACGACACCACCACUAGAAGUGGGCGCUCGCUGAAAGAAAAGGCAACACUAUGUGAUGACAUCCAGAAACUAGAUGACAUGCUGAGUGAGAUAAGAGACAAAUGGGAUACUGUCUGUGGGAAAUCAGUGGAAAGACAAAACAAGCUUGAAGAGGCGCUACUGUUUUCCGGCCAGUUCACCGACGCCCUACAGGCCCUUAUUGAUUGGCUAUACAGAGUGGAGCCGCAACUAGCUGAAGAUCAGCCCGUUCACGGAGACAUUGACAUUGUGAUGAAUCUCAUUGACAACCACAAAGUUUUUCAAAAAGAGUUGGGGAAAAGAAGCAGCAGUAUCCAGGCCCUGAAGCGUUCAGCUAGAGAGUUAAUUGAAGGAAGUCGUGAUGACUCUUCUUGGGUGAAAGCCCAAAUGCAGGAAUUAAGCACCCGCUGGGAAACUGUGUGCACUUUAUCUGUGUCCAAGCAGACCCGACUAGAAGAAGCACUGCGCCAGGCGGAGGAGUUCCACUCUGCAGUUCAUGUCCUCCUGGAAUGGCUGGCAGAGGCAGAACAAGCCUUGAGAUUCCACGGUGUCCUCCCUGAUGAUGAAGAGUCUCUGAAGUCUCUAAUGGAGCAGCACAAGGAAUUUAUGAGAAAAGUGGAGGAGAAAAGAAGUGAGCUAAAUAAAGCAGCAGGCAUGGGAGAAGCAAUACUCUCAAUCUGUCACCCGGACUGCAUUAUUACUAUUAAGCACUGGAUAACCAUCAUCAAAGCCAGAUUUGAGGAGGUCUUAACAUGGGCAAAGCAGCAUCAGCAGAGAUUGUCUGUGGCUUUGGAAGACUUGAUAGCCAAGAAAGAGCUGCUGGAAUCUCUGCUACAGUGGUUGCAAUGGGCAGAAACAACACUUAAUGAAAAAGACAAGGAAGAUAUCCCUGAGGAGAUAGAUGAGGUUAAAGCUCUGAUCGAGGAACAUCAGGCAUUUAUGGAAGAAAUGACUAGAAAACAACCAGAUGUAGAUAAAGUUACAAAGACUUAUAAGAGAAAAGCUGCUGAAUCUACGUCAGGGCAAUCUCAAAUCCCAGUCUUCGACAAAGGAAGAACAAGCCGAAAGCGAUCACCUACUCCCAACUUGUAUCCAUCUGGCACACACGCACCAAUUGAAACGAAGAACCCCAGAGUCAACUUACUGGUCAGCAAAUGGCAACAAGUGUGGCUUUUGGCAUUAGAGAGAAGAAGAAACUUGAAUGAUGCUUUGGAUAGGCUGGAAGAGCUGAGGGAGUUUGCCAACUUUGAUUUUGACAUUUGGCGAAAGAAAUACAUGAGAUGGAUGAACCAUAAGAAGUCUCGAGUGAUGGACUUCUUCCGGAGAAUAGAUAAAGAUCAGGAUGGAAAGAUAACACGACAAGAGUUCAUAGAAGGAAUCCUUUCCUCCAAAUUUCCUACUAGCCGGCUAGAGAUGAGCGCUGUGGCUGACAUCUUUGACCGCGACGGUGAUGGUUACAUUGACUACUAUGAAUUUGUGGCUGCGCUACACCCUAACAAAGAUGCAUACAAGCCUGUAACUGAUGCUGACAAAAUUGAAGAUGAGGUAACACGGCAAGUGGCGAAAUGUAAGUGUGCCAAGCGAUUCCAGGUGGAGCAAAUUGGUGACAACAAAUACAGGUUCUUCCUGGGAAAUCAGUUUGGUGAUUCCCAGCAACUCCGCCUUGUCCGUAUAUUAAGGAGCACUGUGAUGGUUCGGGUUGGGGGUGGAUGGAUGGCGCUAGAUGAAUUCCUAGUGAAAAACGAUCCAUGUAGAGCUAAAGGAAGAACAAACUUAGAGUUGCGGGAAAAGUUUAUGCUACCGGAGGGCAUUAGUCAAAGUAUGACUCCUUUCCGGCCCAAGGGUCGUAGGUCAAGACCAUCUUCUAGAGGCGCAUCACCCAAUAGAUCCAACUCAAGUCCAAAUAUUCAGGCCAAUCCAUCACAGAUCACCGGUACUACCACACCCAAGACACCCCUCCAUAUAACACGCAAUUAUGGUAAACCUUGGUUGACAAACAGCAAAACAUCAACUCCUUGUAAGAGUCCUGAGUUCCCAGAACACAGACUAUCAUCUGAUGAGGGAACUCCUAUCCAAGGGAGCAAAUUAAGGCUUCCAGGUUACCUUUCAGGGAAAGGGUUUAAUUCUGCAGAGGACAGUAGUUUAUUAACAACAGCAGCCACCAAAGUGAGAACACAGUUUGCAGAUUACCGAAAAACUCCAAGUAGAGCUGGAAGCAAGGCUUGGAGUAGGUCCAGUAGCCGGCGGGGUAGUGACGCCUCUGACUUUGACAUCUCAGAAAUCCAGUCCGUAUGUUCUGAUAUGACCGAGAUUCUUCACGACAGCAGGCCCUCUCCCCGGGCAAGUUCACGGUCUUCAACAGGCAAACCUACCAAAAUUCCCACUCCACAAAGACGGUCACCGAUAAGCAAAUUAGCGACAAAGACAACAAAAAGAUAGGGUGUCAUGUUGCGGAGAGAUCUCUCAUUGUGCAUUGCCUGUUAACGUUGUAAGAUGUAAAUUAUUAUGUAGAAAUGAUUGUGGAAUAAUGCGAGCGUUUGGUUCUAACCCUGCAGAUGGCCUUAUAUGUGUGUUUUGUCUUGUUUUUUUACACAUAUUUGUAUCUACAAACAUUUGUUUGUCUUAUAGUUUGGAGAUGCUUGAGGGACAUUAAAUGAAACUAACGUCACACUUGUGUAAAGUACAUAAACUAAAACAGUUGAUGAAUGUAUUUAUAACUGCAAUCUAGAGGGAAGGACAGUAUCCCACACACUGCUUCAUUAGAUACAAAUUAAGAAUACCUCAUAACUAUUUAUAAUAGUGCAAAAGGUUGGACGUGCAUACAGUACCAAGCUUACACUACAGUAUCUCCAUUCACCGGGGCAGGAUUAUGCACACUGCAUUUAUUUACACAGUUUUAAGUUCAAAGAACUCACAGAAAGUAUUUAAUCACUUGCCAGAAAUUAUAUUUUAUGUGUUUUUUAGGUUUUUUUAUUUAAUUUAUGUCUGUGAGAUUCUGUCUUAAUAGAACUAUAAAUACUGUUGAAAUAAUAGCAUUUGGUGCAUAUGUGCAGUUACUUUCGCUUGAGCGGAUGGUAUCAUUAUAUCAGAAAACUUUUGUAUGAAAUCAGUUUUGCUUGCAGAAAUCUAUGAAAUAAAACCUGUGCAAAUCUA